CUCAAGACUCCAAGACUUGGCAGCGUUCAAGAUCCGCUUUGCGUUGCUUGGCAUCCUCCUGCUUUUUUGGUGUUGCAUCACUCAGACUCGCACAUUCAAGAUUCGCAUUCGCAUUCGAAAAGUUGACACUCAAACUCAAAGCUGAGACUUGCCUUGUCUUGCCUCGACCAUUCCCUCGCCACGUUUGAACACUCUCCUUGAUCCCGCUUGAUCUCGCUAUCGGCGCAUCCCAUAUCUGCUCAGUCACAGUCUCACUUCCGCAUACACGCCCCUCAUUUCGGCCCUGCGCGCGCACACAACCCUGUCGCUCUCUGCAACGCGCGCAACAAGGCACUCGAUCAAUCGAGGCAGCAUCUCAUCGCACAAGCGCAGUCGUCUCUGCAACGAUCCACCUGUCUCCACGCCCGCACGCGCAAACAACACCCAUGCACCACGCUCUGACUUGGCCUUAGCAAUCACACUCAAAGAUGGCAGGAGGCAAGAAAAAGGUGAACAGACACACGCCUUCCAGAAACGAUUCCACUCGCGCCGACAUCGAGGCAGCUCAGCGAGCUGGAGCGGUGGGAGAGGAUGACGAGGGCUUCGACAUAGCUGCAGACUUGCUGGCCACUCUCGAUGCGAGGGACGCAGCUGCAGAUGCAUUGUCUUCAUCAACUGCGACGCCCAUCGCACCACCCGUGCAGCCCACUGCGUCCACAGACAGCGCUGCUUCUCAAGCAACCUCGGCCUCCUCAUCCUCCACCAUGAGCGCAGGCGGCAGCACUAUGGCCUCGCUCAAAGAAGCUGGCGGCAGGCUGCUCGGUAGGCCGGGCAGCAGUCCCGGUAGCAGCACCAAAAGCCCACCUACCUCAAAUGCCACCCUCGGCUUGCCUGCCUCGACAGAGGAUGUCUCAGAGCCUGGGAGAAGGAGGAGCAUCGGCAAGAGCGCAGGUCAAGGAAUCAAGAAGCUCUUCGGUCAUUCACCCACCGCUGCAGAUACGCACGAUGCGAAUGUGCAGCAAACUUCAGGGGCCAUCAUGGGCCCCAAGAUUGGCAGACAGAAGGCUAGACUUGCGCGGAGAGAUGCGGAACAAGCAGCACUGAGAGCGCAAGCAGAGCUGGAGCUCAAAGUUAACGGCGGCAAACCUGAUGAAGCAGAGAGAGAACGAGCGGGCAUGGCCGACUUGUGCUCCUCGCUGGGCCGGGAAAUGGUCGAGAUCAACCCUGAUGGCCACUGCCUGUACGCAGCCGUCGCAGAUCAGCUGCACACCCUGGGCAAGGUUCACAAAAAGGUAGAUUUUAGGGAUACACGCAAGGCGACUGCCGAGCAUAUGCGCGCAAAUGCUACAGAGUUCAUCCCCUUCAUAUCCGACUCGGAUGAGCACAUGGCAGGCAUCACCAAUGACUCCGCCGGAACACAGGGGCAAGAUGUCGAACAAAGGGCAAGGAAACACUUUCUCGAUUACUGCGACGCAGUGGAAAACACUGGCGUGUGGGGCGGACAACCUGAGAUUCUGGCCUUGUCGCGAGCUUACAAGACGCAAAUCCAUGUCGUGCAAGUGGGAAGUCCCACACUCAAGGUGGGCGAGGGUGAGCACAAAGGGGAGCCUUGCGUCAUAUCUUAUCACAGGAAAAUGUACGGUCUCGGAGAGCACUACAACUCCCUGCGCAAAGUCAAGAAGUAGAGUUGGCAGCAAGACCACCCGGGGCUAGUGUCAAGAUACCCUCCCUCGCUGGCAUCAAGUCGGAGCAAAAAGAGAUGACUUGCAGUAGUUGCUUCUCUCGCUCGCCCGCACGACCUCGCAAAUGGGGAUGCUCUCACGAAGUCGUCUCACCGUUGACGUGUGCAUGCAUGAGUGAGGUGACUGUUGUACAGGGCUGGCCAAAGGCAGCAGACUUGAGCAGUUGGUAAAUGCAUCGAGCAAGGCCAGAUUAGCAGACACGCAAUCUGUAUGUGAACGAGGCGCUGUUGCAAGGCCGCUGCGCAACGCGUGGUUUCAGGGCAAUGCACGCCUCUCAUA